CUCCCGGGCGCGUUCGCACUCCAGCGCACGCAGCCGGCUCCGGGAGCAGGAGCGGGGAGAGCACCUGGACACCUGGCCCCGCUCGGAUCUGCUGUACCCGCUGGAGGAGCAGUGGGGUGGGUGGGGUGAGCUGUGCCCCCCAGGGCCAGCACAGACACUGACCUAGCCCAACGUUUUUUUUUCCCUUUUUUUUUUUUUCUUUUUUUUCCCCCUAUUUUUUUUCCCAUUAUUUUAUUUUACCAGCUCCAAUUUAGCCCAGGAUCUUUUAACUGCUGCCAGCGGUGGAGCACAGAUCGGGAUUAGAUAUUUUCCUCCCCUGUUCCCAAGAUCCUCCUCCUGAGCGGCCACCAUGGGAAGUAAAACCCUGCCGGCCCCAGUGCCCAUCCAUCCUUCCCUGCAGCUCACCAACUACUCCUUCCUGCAAGCAUUCAACGGGCUGCCCGCCGUGCCCUCCGACCACCUCUCCAACCUCUACGGCUUCAGUGCCCUGCACGCCGUGCACCUGCACCAGUGGACUCUGGGCUACCCGGCCAUGCAUCUGCCCCGCUCCUCCUUCUCCAAAGUGCCCGGCGUCUCCAGCCUGGUGGACGCGCGGUUCCAGCUGCCGACCUUCCCGCUCUUCCCACACGUCAUCCAGCCCAAGCAAGAGGCUGCCAACAUGACCCUCAAAGCCAAACCCCGCUUUGACUUUGCCAACUUAGCAGUGGCUGCCACGCAAGAGGACCACUCUAAACUGGGACAGGCAGACAGUCAGGGCUCACCUGCUGGGCUGGGGUCUUUGCUUGAGGUGACUAAACUCUCACCAGAAAAGAAACCCACGCGGGGAAGGUUACCGUCCAAAACCAAGAAGGAGUUUGUGUGUAAAUUCUGUGGCAGGCACUUCACCAAGUCCUACAACCUUUUGAUUCAUGAAAGAACCCACACCGACGAACGGCCCUACACAUGUGAUAUUUGUCACAAGGCUUUCAGAAGACAGGAUCACCUGAGGGAUCACAGAUAUAUCCAUUCUAAAGAAAAGCCUUUUAAGUGUCAAGAAUGCGGGAAAGGAUUUUGCCAGUCCAGAACACUAGCGGUCCACAAGACACUGCACACGCAAGUAAAGAACUGA